AUGGAAGACCUCACCACCAUUUUUCAUCCUAAACACUAUCUUGAAGAUCUGCCUCGUCCACCCAAGUAUUCUUAUUAUGGAGAAUGCAUUAUUUGUGAAAAACGGUUCUCUUUUGGGUCCGUUCGUUGUUAUUGUCGUGUAUGUGAUUUCAAGUUUCAUAGAGAAUGCGCCAACGUAUUGAUGAAGUCGAAUCUGACAAUAAAUCGUCCAGAGACACAUGAGCACACGCUCACUUUUAUUCGCCAAAAGAACUCUUUUAACUGUGAUGCUUGUGGGAAAGUCGGUAAGUGGAAGAUGAAUACGUACGCAUGUUUGCUAUGCAACUUCUUUGUCCACAGAGAGUGUAUCGAUUUGCCAAAGGUCAUAAAGCUCACUCGACACUCACACCGCUUGGUCCAUACUUUUCAAGUUCUUGAUUGGAACGAGAAAUGCCGAAUUUGUAAUUCCGAGUUUGUUAGCGGAUGUGGAGGAUAUAUUUGUAUCAACAAGACGUGCGGUUACAAACUCCAUUCAUAUUGUGCUACGAGCAGGGAGAGAUGGGAUGGCAAAGAAGUCCAAGGAGAAGCUGAAGAAAUUAGUAAUCCUGAAGGUGUUGCAUCGUUGGAGGAGGUCGAUGGCAAAACGUUUCGCCAUUUUAGUCAUCAACAUGACCUAACGAGACUUUGCGUAAACGAUGAUGAUGAGGAAGAUGGAGGAAUAAGAUGUGAAGCAUGCGUCCUUCCCAUUGAAUUUGGUUGUUUCUUGGCUUGUAAAGAAUGUGACUUUGCACUCCACGACGCUUGUGUGAGUCUUCCUCGUAACUUGGAACACACGUUACACCGCCAUCAGCUAACCCUAGAGGUGAACAAGGAAGAAGGCUUUUUCAAAACCGAAAGAAGAGAAGGCUUCUUCAUUUGUUAUAUAUGUGGAAGAGAGUCAUGCGGUUUCAUGUACCGGUGCUACCAAAAAGAAAGUAAAUUCGAAAUGGAUGCAACGUGUGCUUCUCUCACUGAUCCGUUACACUAUGGAGGGCAUUCACACCCCAUGACUCUAUUAGACACGUAUGCACAUUGUUUCGAAUGCGGAUUCGUCGACUUGAUGUUCCAAAAAGUAACUCUACCAUCGGUGGUAAAAUGCAAGUAUGACACCCAUCCGCUUACCAUAUGUUCUUCACACACAAUCACGGAGGAUGAUAAAUCGGCGUGGUGUGAAAUCUGUGAAGUACAGAUAAUAAAGCAGUAUGAUGAUCUCAUGGAUCUCUACGGCUGCACCAUCUGCAACACCAUUGUGCAUGUUGAGUGCGCAAUAGGGAAAUAUCCGUUUCUGAAACCUGGCCAUACCAUCAAAGUGAAUGGUUUUGAGAUUGAGAUUGCAUCCAACACUCUUUCUCGUCCGAUUUGCCGUGCAUGUCACUCUACCUGCCUAGACAAAUUGGUUUUCAAGAAUAAAACAUAUGCUGUCACUUUCUGUUAUAUCCGCUGUGUUACCUCUUCAUCAUCGAAAAGCAAGCCUACAAUCUGA